GACUGCGGCCGAUCCACCUCAUGGCGUUCACGAUGCGGAUCUGCAGUCGCAUUAUGCCACCGGUGGUGACCAAGUGUGAGGCGGAGCUCUCCAACCAGGAGCACCUCUGGGGCGCGGCAGCGACGCCCUGCGACGUAGCGGGAGUGGCGUCGAACCUGGUGGCCUGCCACGCGAGAAAGGUGGGCUUUGCGCACGGGGCGGGGCCCAUGGAUUUGGCCAAGGUCUACGAGCGCGUCGCGCUCAAGGCGCUCCAGAUCGAAGGAGAGGAGGUGAACUUCCCAGCGGAACUCCUCAGGCUGCUGUGCGUAAGCUACAGGAUGCCGAGGAGGGCCACCUGGGGCGACACAGUGAGCCAGGAGCUGGAAGUCAACGGCACGCUGGCGGCGGGAUGCUCAUGCGCUACAGGCCGGGCGAAGGUGAUGAUGCACAGGACGCUGACCCUGCUCGCGGAGGAACAUCCGUUGAUCAGGUGCCAGAACGUGGUGGGCGACGUGAUGGUGCAGGCGGUGGGGCGAGCCGAACAAGCCAGGGACCAGCUCCCGAAGCCGAUGGUGAAGACGGAGGACCUGCUGGAGGCGAAGGACUUGGUGGUGGCACGGCACAAGACGCAGUACCAUGGAGGCCACCUGCAGAGGAGUCUCCCCGCGGCGACGGCGAUCUGGGGGAGCGGGAGCGACGGCAUCGCGGACCACAAGCUGCACCAGCUGCGCACGCAGGCGACGAGGGCGAAGGGCAG